UGUCAAAUUUGACAAAUCCAUUAAGGCGAUUCCAAUUUUUGAGGCUUUUAAACUCAUCGCCGGCGAUUUUUUACCAAAUUUACCAAAAAUAAUCAUCAGAUUCAUGUUCAAAUCAGCAAUUUGGAUUCUGUGAAAGGACAAAAACGUUACCAAAAAUGAGUGAGAAGCGAAAAUUAUCGGACGAGACGGAAAAUGACAAAGAAGCAAUUUUUCGUUUUUCCUCAACUCUGACCUUCAUCAUCGUAAUUCUCGUCAUCGGAGUGCCCAUGUGGUGGAAAACAACCGAAGUUUAUCGUGUUCCGCUGCCUUAUACCGAGAUCAGUGAUCUUCUCAAGACGCCAAUUAAGACAAAAGUCAACAUUGGAAUUUUCACUCAUAACGAAGAACGCACAAAAUCCUUAAUUCACGACUUGAUUUUGUACUUUAAAGAGCACGAAAUUGUCGAUUUGCACUUUUCGAGCAUCAAUUUGGACAAAAAACUCGCGGAAGAGGCUCAUUCUCCUGCUGCUUUGGAAAAUUUGGCACAAAAAAGUGUCGAAGUGCGGGAUGGAGACUUUAUGUUCAUCGAAUGGAUGAAGUUGACGGAAGAAGUUUUGGUUAAUUCGGGACGAGCUGCUUUUAUUUCGAGCAAUGCGACUGCAAGUAAAAUCCAGCAAGUAAUCCGCUCAUGGCUCCUUCAAGAAUACCGUCUCAAGUCAAUUUUGGGUUCCAUAACGACAGUUUCGGGUCAAAAGUUGCAUCACAACACGCCUCCGCCUCAACCGCAAUACGACGUCUUACUUUCCGUGCUCAACCCAAACCCCGAAUUGCAAAAACUCAAUUGGAACGUUCGUUUAGCUGCCGAACGUUACAUCGAACCCUACUUGAAAUCACUCAGUCCGCUAUCAAACUUCACAAUUAAAUCGCAAUGGAAGUAUCAAGUCAAGUUCGAUCACGUGGAUCGCCAAAUUCCCGACAAUUCGAAGCUAAAACGACAUUUUAUGCUGCACGAAGACCAUUUACCGCAAAUUAUCACGUCGCUGGAGAAACGUUUGGGCAACCAAGUGUCGAGUUAUCCGUGCGUUCAUCUGGUUUUCUACAUGCCGCCAUGCAAAAAAGGACCUUUGCACAUUUACAAAAAGAACGGGGAACGUGCUUCGACGAACGAUGUCGACUCAUUUAUUUCGGCAAAAUGGGGCGGAAUCGUAAUUGUGAAUCCCCCGGAAGCUGUUUGCGAGAAAUUCAUGGAAAAUGAGGAAAUUUUAACGGAAGUCGAUGUCAAUAGUCACGAUGCCAUGGAAAAAGCUCUUUUUUUGCUCCGGAAAAUUUUCGAUAUGGAGUCAAAUCAACCGAUAAAAGGUGUUGGGAUGACAGAACAAGAAACAAUUUUGCCCCGAAAUUGGGAAGUUGACACUUAUUUACGAACGGGAGCCAUUCAUCUCAUCCAUUCGGCCCAAUCCACGCUCAAUUCGUUGAUCCAACUCCUCGGAGGCAUCAGUUAUAUCGUCAUCAACGAUCAAGUCGGCACGGAAAUCAAAAAUUCGUAUGCGGAAGUUGUCGCUGCGAAAAAAUGUCUUGCGGAAAGUGACUUAAAAUGCGCUGUGAUGCAUGCAAGAAACGCUUUUAUUGCAGCUGAAGCCGCAUUUUUCGAUCCAAGCUUGUUGGCGUUGCUUUAUUUCCCCGAUGAACAAAAAUACGCCAUUUAUAUCCCGCUUUUCCUGCCAAUAAUGAUCCCCGUGAUACUCUCGCUGAGUUCAAUAAAGAAGUUUUUCAGCAAAAAUUCGGAAGAGACAAAGACUAAAGAGGAGUAAAAGUAUUAAAAAAGCAUCAAAGACACCAAAAAAGCAUUUUUUAAUUUAAUUUUUUAUUAAGUACAUC